GUCCCUGGAGAGCCUGGAUGGUGGCGGUACCUCCAGGCCCCCACCCGCCCCUAGCACGGGGAGCAGCUGUGAGCCAUGAGCAAUGUUUUCCACCCGAAGUUAACUGCAGUUUUCCGUGCGAGAUGCCCGCCCAGAAGUGGGCUCCUCCCCAAAUGUGGGUGUCGGGAGGAGAACACCAGAGGCUUCUGGAAUCCCUCUGAGGCAGCCUCUGAAGCUGUUCCAACAGAGAAACAGCCCUAAAAGAGCAUCUGUUCUGACAAAAUCAAAGAAUGGAUAGAGAGAAAACGGGAAAGGACCCAGGGAGGGAGAAGCGGGGAGCAGUCAGAGGGCUGGGAGGAAGGAAGAGAAGAGGGGGCAUCUCCACACACAGAUUGGCAGCACUAAACUCUGCUCACAAGCCCAUCCUGUGACCGCCUUGCAGUGCGAGCGCCCGAGGGGCCUGCAAGUGCUAAACGGCCCGUCUGUCUGUGGGCAGCGCUGUGGCUCUUCUGAUGGCUCACCCCCAGGGCCAGGCGGGGCGCAGGGCCCCAGGCUGUCUUCACCCACUCCCAUCCACCAGCAGGCUGCCUGCUAGAAAGCUCCAACAGCCCCUCUCUCCCCAGGGCGAUGUGGUGAACGGGUGAGGGGCCUGCUGGCGGGUCCUCCCCUCCGAAAGGCUGGGCAGGAGCUGGGCGGCCCCAUCUCCAGACCUGGUGAACGGCUCUUGCGUGACGUGCAGGCCUCUGGCCGCCUCUUCCACACGCCACACUGAAAGGACCCUGCCAAGAUCUGGCCGAGCUUAGAGGGGACCAGGACAAGAGGUGAGUGUGGGGCAGGAGGCACCUGCCUGGACCACACCGAGGGACACGGGGACGCCAGAGGCGGGCCGUUAAGUGGGAGCUGCCCAUUCUGAGGAGACGUUAAACACAAAAAUAAGAUCAGCAGCCAGUAGACUUCUGGUUACCCAGGCUGGGGAUCAAGUGGCAGCCCGCCCAUGGUUGCAGGGCCCGUCACUAAGCACAACUGGGGGGAAUCUUCCCCCUCAUUUCAUCUUGCUUCAAGGGCACUAUGCGUGGGCCUUAGUUAAAGCUGCUUCUGGGAGUUCCCUGGUGGCCUAGCAGUUAAGGAUCUGGUGUCUCGUCACUGCUGUGGCACGGGUUUGAUCUCUGGACCGGAAACUUCCAUAUGCUGUGACCAUGGCCAAAAAUAACUCCAAAAGCUGCUUCUAAGAAAAAUCCUAAAAUCUUAGCAUGACAGAAAAUGCAAACAGAACAAGACCUCAGAGCCCACAGAGCCCACAGAGCCUACAGCCCUCAUGUUAGGGGCUUGCCCACAAGGAGCCCGGCAUGGCCUUCUGACCAACUCUCUCUCUCUUUUUUUCUGUUUUUGGCUGCCUGAUCAACUCUUGCCUGCGAGCAGGCACCCUCUGUCACACUGCCACCUGCUUGGUCAACUUCCCUGAUGAACGGGGCAGACCUCGGUGUCAGAGCUGGGAUGCUCUCGUGAGGACCAGUGGCCUGGGCGGACACAAGCCCUGGCAGACCUCGCAAGGAAUUCACUUGGGAAUGGAAACAUGAGGGACCUGGGGAAGCCCCACAGCGACACGGACACGGAUGGCAUGGGCACAGUCUCCGAGGACAGCCGCCGACCAUCCUUCCCAUCGGACUGCACCUGCCAUCGGAUCCAGCUGAAUCUGGGUGGCCCUGUGAUGACUCUGCCCAACAGGAGGCAGUGACUGUCCAAGCCUGGCCCUUUAGAGGUCUGGAAGAUUCUGCUUUGCUCUCUUGGAACCAACCCAGACACCCUGCUGCAGAGAUGUUCAGGCACUCCUGCGGGGCAGAGAGGACACACGGAGGGGCCCUGGAGGAGACGUCACUGUGCCCAGGCCACGCGAGGAAGAGCUGAGAGACCCCAGCCGAUAGCACCGAGGCUUCAGCCCAGGCACCGGCUCAAAGCUGGCCCGUGAAUGACCUCAACACCUCGUGGAACAAAAACAACUGCCUGGUCCACCCACAAAAUGGGGAGAAAGAAUAAACUGCUGAUGGUCGAAGCCACGAAGUUUUGUGGUAGCUUCCUUCAGCCAGAGAUACAGACGGUAAACCGUAAAGAAAAGGGAAUAUUAGCAACAACCACCACCUCAGGAUAACGUUUUCUCUGGAUACAGAAGGCAGCACAAUCAGGGGCUUCGAAGACCGAGGCGUGCUCUGUUUCUUUAUUCAGACACACACAAGAUCUACUAUUUAAACACAUGCUUUUCCUAUAUUUUAAUAUGUGAACUUUUUUCAAAAUGAGCAAAAUCUGUAAUAGGAAGAAAGUGAGGUACAGGUGCCACACUCAAUCCAGGCAGAGAAAGAGUCGCUUUCAACUGUGCUCCUGGCACCAUCACCGGCACUGUCCUGAGGAGCAGAAAGAGCCACAGAGGCUGACUGGAGUGGGACUGGGGGAAGGGGGGCUGCUGCAAAAACAACGCAAUCCCUCUCAAUUUGCCUUUCGGUUCCAAAACACCCACAAAGAGACCACCGACGUGAGAAAGGGUUCUCCUUGGAUUGUGAAAUCCACUCUGAUCAGUUCAACAAAACCUGAAUCCCAGUCCCCUCCAGCAACAACAAAAUGGCAUUUACGGAGUGUCUUCGACAUGCCAAGUGGCACGGUGCCAGGCGUGGGACAGCCCAAUCUCCUGCCAACCAAGGGCACAGCUGUACCGGGCACCAAGUCCGACACUGCUGCCUCUAAGACUCAGGGACUUGAGAGGCAGUUCAGCACCACGGAGGCAGCAGAACCUCUGGGGCCAAGUCCGGAAGGGCCCAUAUCCAGGUCCCGCCACCUACCACACCCGCAGGUGACCUCCAGCAAAGUUCCUCUUUGGCAGAAUGGGGCUGCCAGGACUGCUGCCCAUGUUCGUUACAGGAUUAAGCUAGUAUCCAAGCACCCAAGACAGAUACAGCUUCGACCAGGAAAAAGACCAGGAAAAGGCCCUGCAAACUGCAAUGCUUCCACUCAACAGUAACUGGAAGACAAGCCUCAUAUGUGACAGCAAAAGCUACCUUCUGUCUACAAAGAACACGACGACUGUGGAGGAGUAACGAGGCUUCCACUGAGAAAAAACAGACCGUGGCAAUUUCAAAGGAUGGAUUAGCUGCCCCAUGGAACUAAGAUCAAGAAUCCAAACCAAAAGAAAAAAGUAGGUUGAAUACUAAUUAUUUGGAACUGGAUUAUGUGGACUUCAAUGCAGCACGUGCUAUUCACGUGACUGACUUCUUCUAGGUUUGUUUCCUCAUUAGGAUUAGUGACUGCCAAGGGCCCUUCUACCACUAAGAUUUGAUAAAUGUUGAGUAAAUGAUUUCAUUAAUAAGACUGCCAGAUUACAAAUGCAUAUAUUUGAAGUAUAACAGAUACCCUGUGAAUGACAAUAAAGUGAGAUA